AAUAAAGUCGAGGCCAAGCACCGACCCAUGGUUCCCUACUACGGAAUGUACCGAAGGGAAAAAGGAAACGCAUGGAAGAUUUCGAGAAGAAAGUGAGAAUAUCAGAAGGCAUGGACGUUGAUCAAAAUGGCUCCAACCACCACGAAAUCGUCUCUUUGCUUCGCCAAUUUCUCGGAGUUCAGCAGCGACGAGCGGAAGCCUACGCAAAACUCAAAAAGGGCUUUACUGAAUUGGGAGAUUCUGCUUACCAACAACUUUGCAAUGAGAUCACACUUCAAUUUAAUGACUGUUCCAAACAAGUGCUUGCAUUGGAGUCGAUAUUUCUGAGUCCCAGUUAUUCAAGAAAUGAUUUAGCUUCUAUAAUGAGAUCUGUUCAAGUACAAGAGAAGCAAAAGCUGCAUCUGGAUAGAAUUAAAGAUAGAUUUCCAUUCAUUCGAGAGGAAUGGUCUCUCCAAAAGAAGAACAAAGUUCUCUUACAAAUUAAUUCUUAG